AUGGUAAGGACACUUGCUUUACAAGACAGUAUUACACCAAGAAACUUCAUUAGAGAUGGCGAGACUUUAGCUUCCGCAAGUGGGUUUUUUGAACUUGGAUUCUUCAGCCUUGGGUCUCCAAAUAUCAUAUGGUGCAAAAAAUCUCCUUCGACAGCCUUCUGGGUAGCCAACCGAGACGCACCCAUCAACAACGAUAGUGGAAAGGGUAUUUCACGAUUGAAUGAUCAUGGAGUUCUUCUCCUUCUUGAUGCCACAGACAACGCUGUGUGGUCCUCCAAUUAUUCAUCAAGCAGGGCAUAUAACCCUUUUGCCCAACUCUUGGAUUCGGGAAAUAUCGUGGUGAAAAAUGGACGUGGGAGUGGUAGCAACGGUAACUUGGAUCAACUCUCAUGGCAGAGUUUUGACCACCCUUGUGACACAUUAAUGCCAGGAAUGAAGCUUGGGUGGAGUCAACAAAGGGGUUUGGACAAAUUUCUGUCGUCAUGGAAAAGCUCAGAUGAUCCAGGUGGGGGAGAUUAUAUUAUCAAAAUAGACGGUAAAGGGUAUCCACAGGCCAUUGUAUUGAAAGGUUCCGAGGCGAAGGUUAGAGCUGGGUCAUGGAAUGGCUUCUACUGCACAGGGUUUCCAAGUCAUAAUGUGGAUCCCUUACCAACUGAUGAGUUUGUGUCGAAUGAAAUAGAGGUAAGUUACAAAUAUGAGCUGACAAAUAAUUCCAUUUUCCAUAGAUAUACAGUGACCCCAUCAGGGAUUUGUCAGCGUUUUGGUUGGGCAAUUAAACAAGCAGCUGGCAGAUAA